AUGGUUGACUCUAGAAGAGUAGUCAGUUAUGAAGAUAUGCUGAAAGUUAUUCAUCAGCCGGAGAAAGUCAUUAUUGAUGUAAGAAAUGUUGAAGAAAUAAAUGCUACUGGAAAGAUACCCUCAAGCAUAAAUAUCCCAUUGGGUGAAGUACAAAACACCUUGGAGUCAAUGUCAGAAGAGGAUUUUAAAAAGCAAUUUCAACGUAGGAAACCAUCUACGUCCGAUGAGUUGAUCUUCUAUUGUCAAUCAGGGCGACGAUCUUCUGAAGCCCUCGACAAAGCGCUGAAACUUGGGUAUUCAAAUUCCAAGACAUACCUAGGCAGCUGGAAUGACUGGUCUAAGAGGCAACGUUAA